GCUGUAGCGCUGCUGAGCAGCUGAUAUGCAGAUUAUGUCAUUAGAGACGCAGAAUGACCCCGCGUGGGGCAAUGUGUUUGCUGGAAAGUCUCGAAGACUUCCCCCAACGCAUUACUUUAGCCGCUACAUUGAGCAAGCAACUUUCUUCCGCCAAGCUCCGUACAACACCAUUCCUCCCACUGUAACACCCAUUCAAACACCGCCAACAUGCCAGGCUUCGCACAAGCCAACGAGCUUCCAGCAUGGAAGUCACUAAUGGAACACCACGAUAAACUCGGUCGCGGCAUGGUCCUCAAGUCUGAGUUCGAGAAGGACCCGAAGCGCUUCCAGAAGUUCUCCCGCACCUUCAAGAACGAGGCCGACGGAAGCGAGAUCCUCUUCGACUUCAGCAAGAACUUCCUCACCGACGAGACGCUCCCCUUGCUCGUGAAGCUGGCGCAGGAUGCCAAGCUCGAGGACCUCAGGGAAGACAUGUUCAAGGGCGAGAAGAUCAACUUCACCGAGAAGCGUGCGGUCUACCACAUGGCGUUGCGAAAUGUCAAGAAUGAGCCCAUGCAGGUGGAUGGCAAGAGUGUCGUCGAAGACGUCAACAGCGUCUUGGAGCACAUGAAGGAGUUCUCCGAGCAGGUCCGAAGCGGUGAGUGGAAAGGCUACUCGGGCAAGGCUAUCAACACCAUCGUCAACAUUGGCAUCGGUGGCUCAGAUCUUGGUCCCGUGAUGGUUAGCGAGGCGCUUAAGCCGUACGGCAAGGAUGGUAUGACCUUACACUUCGUGUCCAAUAUCGACGGCACGCACAUCGCCGAGGCGUUGAAGCACAGCGAUCCCGAGACCACCCUCUUCUUGAUAGCCAGCAAGACGUUCACCACAGCAGAGACGACGACCAAUGCCAACACGGCCAAGAAGUGGUUCCUAAAGUCUGCGAAGGAGGACUCACAUAUCGCUAAGCACUUCGUUGCGCUGUCUACCAACACCAAGGAGGUCGAGAAGUUCGGUAUUGACUCGAAGAAUAUGUUCGGCUUCCAGGAUUGGGUCGGCGGCCGGUACUCCGUCUGGUCCGCCAUUGGGCUAUCUGUCUGCUUGUACAUUGGCUACGACAACUUCCACGAGUUCCUUGCUGGUGGCAAUGCAAUGGACCACCACUUCCGCACCGCACCCCUCGAGGAGAACAUUCCGGUCAUUGGUGGCCUGCUAAGCGUGUGGUACUCCGACUUCUUCGGCGCACAAACACACCUCGUCGCUCCCUUCGAUCAAUACAUGCACCGCUUCCCCGCCUACCUGCAACAGCUCUCCAUGGAGUCGAACGGCAAAGCUAUCACUCGUAGCGGCGACUACGUGAAGUACACGACCGGCCCCAUCCUCUUUGGCGAGCCGGCCACCAACGCCCAACACUCCUUCUUCCAACUCCUGCACCAAGGCACUAAGCUCAUCCCCACCGACUUCAUCAUGGCAGCGGAGUCACACAACCCUGUUGAGAACAACCUCCACCAAAAGAUGCUUGCGUCCAACUUCUUCGCCCAGGCAGAGGCGUUAAUGAUUGGCAAGACUCCUGACCAAGUCAAGGCAGAAGGUGCGAGCGAUGAGCUGGUGCCGCACAAGGUCUUCCUUGGCAACCGACCGACGACCAGCAUUCUGGCGCAAAAGAUCACGCCAGGCACAUUAGGUGCGCUGAUUGCGUACUACGAGCACCUCACAUUUACCGAAGGCGCAGUGUGGAACAUUAACAGCUUCGACCAGUGGGGCGUAGAGCUAGGAAAGGCACUGGCAAAGGGCAUUCAGAAGGAGCUCGAUGAGUCGGGUGAGACGGACAAGCAUGAUAGCAGUACCGCUGGCCUGAUUAAUGCUUUCAAGAAGAAGGCGGGCAUGGCGUGAAGCGCACAGAGCACCAAUGGUGAGCUGGCGAAGUUAUAAUACUGAAGAGUAGCAAGACACAUGGGAGUUGUACCUAACGGCCGGCCGUGGCAUAGCAACAGCCAUUGGCUGUUACGAGACAUGAAAGAAAGCGUAGCUUUACUCCCUCCAGGAAGUGACGGAGUAUCUGUUUA